GCAUGAAACUACAUCUAAUUUUUGUCAACGCACUGGUACUUUGGGUUAUCAUCAUUGGAGGCAACGGGUUUCAGCAGGUAUAGUUAAUCUUUAAGGAACUACAUUAUGAACAAGCCGAUACAGUGUAUGUUCUCGGCUUAACUGGACACCCUCAAACUUAGUUUCUACUGAGUCCUACUCAUUAAGAGUUUCGUAAUAGAGUUUACUUCUCAGCUAGAAGCCACUUUAAAAUUAUCGCUUUAUACCUGGGAGUUGGUAAGGAAGAAGGCGUAACCUGAAAUCAGACCGAUCUAUUCUCCUAUUCAAGAGAGUUAAAUGUCUAGUCUGUAUCUUGUAUUCCCAGGUUUUAUAGAACGCUCAUCUGACCUGGUUGCCAAUGUAAUGAAAUCGAGAGCAGUAAACAUUAUGGGCCCUUGAUAAAACCUUGAUGUCCACUAGUUAGCUGUUAGUUUGUGGUCUCUGAAAAAGAUUUGUCCAUUUUAUCUUGUAGCAAUGUUCUCUUCAAGGACAACCGGGACAACCUGGAACCCCUGGGGCACCUGGAUCUCCCGGGCAACCCGGAGCUCCAGGGAUUCCGGGUACUCCUGGUAUUUCAGGAACCCCGGGCAUCCCGGGUACGCUUAGUAUCGGGGCUCCAGGAAUACAUGGAAUGACAUUAAGUUCACGUCGAUGGAAACAGUGCGUUUUUUCCUCUAAAACGUCAAGAGAUGACAGAGACAAAGGACAAGUACAUGUAAGUAUAGCGCGAAAUGAGAAAGGAAUAAAUAUCAACUGAUUAUAGGGUAAUUUACUCAUUUCUUUUUUAACAAAGAAAGACUGGCAACACAGGUAAGAAAAAUCGAAUCCUUUUAGUGGCUACUACGAAGUAAACAAAAAGCCGCUAUUUUUAUAACAAUCGAGGACUUGUAUAUAUAUUUAUAUACCCAACAAGAUGACUGAAUAUUCAUAUAUAUCUCACUUCCAGGCACUUUAUCUAUCACUUUUUGAGUACCAACUUCCUAAAUAUUUACAUUUUCCAUUAUCAUCAGUCUCUCAAAAACAUCAGAUCUUGAUUAUUUUCAUCUUAUGCCAUGUUCAGCUUGCCCUUUGAGCCAGCGUUCUUUUGCUAUUAAACUGUUUGAGAGAUUUAUUUAUUUCGCCAACGGCCUUUCCCUCUUUGCUUGAUCAAUAAUAUUUCCACCUGCCCGAGUUGCGUCAGAAAAACGAAUGUUUUCACAAACAGGAUUUGUGUUACUCUUCUCUCGAAAAUACAGGCAUGCGAUUUCACCAAGCUGAAGUCUGGGACCUUCCUGCGUGUGGUAUACAUGGGUAUUAUUCGUAUUACGGGCUGCACAGGCUGCUGCAAGAGAUGGUAUUUCACUUUCAACAGUAAGGAGUGCAGUAAUCCCGCACCCAUUGAUGGAGUCAUUUACCACGGUAUUAACGCAAACAUCCACAGGCCUGCCAACAUUGAGGGUUACUGCGGUGGGGUUUCUGCGGGGAAGGUGAAAGUUGGAUUCAGCGUUGGCGACUGUGCUGGGGUUAAGGGAGGAGACGCCUGGACGAGUUGGUAUCAAACCAUCAGGAUCAUCAUUGAAGAGGUGGAGCCGCCCGUUGCUUAA